AUGCUUAUUGAUGGCGAGAAGUGGGCUUGUGAAGCUUGCGUCCGGGGUCACCGUGUUAGCAGCUGUCAUCACAAUGACCGCCCCUUGACCCAUAUCAACAAAAAAGGCCGUCCAGUCUCUCAAUGUCCUCACUGUCGCGGCCUACGCAAGUCACGGACAACCCACACAAAGUGCGAGUGUGGUGACAAGAAGAAGAACAGCCACAAGAAUGAUCUAGAUCCCCAUACUACUGAGAAGCGGGAUCUGAAGCAGGACUCUCGUCCAAAAUGUGGCUGCAUUCAUGGACAGCGCUGUACCUGUGCGCUUAAAAAGGAACCCCAUCUGGAUACCGUACCGGAGACUAGUGUGCCACCACCUGCUGCUCCUCCGACAGAACAACCUAGGAAACCUCAAUUGACGUCGACCAAGUCAGAAAGCACGCUCACCGUAUUCCGCGAUGGUCACCAUAAGCCCGCUCAUAAACACAAUGACAUGGCUCACAAAUGCGGUCUGCCCUACACGAUCCCGCGGUCUCACACUAUUCAUUCGACGCCUGAAACUGCCCGUCGGUCAGUGGAUCAUUUGCCCUUGGCUCAACCUUCGUUCAUGGGCGAAUCGAUUGCGACCCAAACCCCAGAACAACCACGCAGUAGUAUCUAUGGGUUUCAUCGACGGGUCAAGUCCGAGCAUGGAUCUCCAGAAAAUGUCCCCGUGGUUCCCCCCGGAGAUGUCCCAACAUCUGUCCCCCCACUCGACCUCUCGUCGCUAUUUUCUCAUUCUCAGCCAAUGGAGGAUCCCAACAUUGCUGGCGUUCCUGCCCCGAUUCCCAUGACCAUGCCGAAAACACUAGACUCGAUUGAAACGAGUGGGCUCCCUUUCUCGUUCUCGUUGCCGUUUUCCACUCUUCCAGCGACAAAUACUUCUCCUGUCAGCGGCCUGCAGUUCCAAGAUCCAUACCAGGAGCCCUUUUUUACCGCCCCGGAAAAUGAUAUGGCGUUCUGCUCUGCAUUCAAUGCCCCGCCAGUUGAUUGGUCAAGUGUCCCGUUGUCUUCGGCGAUGCCGAAUACAAGCACGCAACCUCCUUCAUACGCUAGCUUCGACUACGGCUCUAUGGGCCCAGGAAUUCCAGCGCCGUCAUCGUCAGGUGAUAUUUCUGAAUUAGAAGAAUUUGCGCCCCUUCCUCACUUGGGAGGUCCCGGCAAUGACCCGCAUGAUCUCAACAGUGUGAGCGAAGGUUCGGAUAUUGAUCAUUACCGAAUCAGCUCUGCCUCGUCGUUCAUCGGCCUUCCCCAGGCGCAGAUGUUGGCGUCCAGCAACUUGGAAUCCAUCACGGUUGACGACUUCCUCCAAUCCGCCAACGAAUCAACCGCCAUGCUAGAGCAACACUUGCAGGUUAACAUGGGCAUGGAACCUAAAGCCCUUCCCCAAGGUGUAUAUGCUAUGCCGGAUCCCCAAACAUUCGACAAAUCUAUGAUGAAUCCGGACACCGCUCUGCCCAUGUCAACUGCCGCAGCAGAGCCGCUCUGGCCUACAACGCUGUUUGAUCCCAACGCUGCGCCCUUAGAUGAGAGCAAUUUCUUUCCACCGCCAUGGGUACAAUGA